UUUGCCCCUCCCCCUCCCCUCGGGGCCGGCCUCUCCCCGGAGGGCGCCUCGGGGGAGGGCGGGCGCCGGUGGAGCCAGGCUCCGGAAGGAAGGAGGACGCGCCCGUGGCCGUGGACAUGGCCCUGGACCUGCGCUCGCUGGACGGCUGCAUCCAGAGCACGCUCUCGGCGCUCUUCCCGCCCUUCGAGGCCACGGCGGCCACGCUCCUGGGCCAGGUCUUUGCCGGGGUGGAGGCCGCCUUCCGGGGAGACGGGCUGCGCUACCUGACGGGCUUCCUGAUCCCGGCCAAGCACGUCCUCCAGUGCAUCCAGCAAGAGGCCUGCGCCCCGUUCUGCGGCCGCCUCUUCCGCCACGAGGGCUGGCCCCUCUGCCUGGGCGAGAAGGUGGUCGUCCAGCUGGCCGCGCUUGACCAGCGGGCGCUGAGGCCCGGGGACUUCUACCUGCAGGCGGUCCCUUCCCCAACGUCUCCCCCGCGGAUCGUGGCCAAGUGCUUGUCCGCCGACGGGUGCCGCAUCGAGGAGCUGGUGGUCCCGGAGGUCUGCUACACCGCCAUCUUCACCCCGGGAUGGCUGGAGGGCCUCAACCGGGAGCGGAGGGGGCCGGCGCUGGACAGCUGCCUCCUGGCCACUGAGGCCGGGCCCGUCCGCCUGCCCUGGGACCGCGUUGUGCGGCCAGAGUUCGUCCUCAUCAUGGAUGCUGCCACGAUUGAAUCUCCUUCUUCGCCUGGCCUUUCAGGGGGGCAGCUUCGGGACGGACCCCAGGACUUCCAUGGGGCAGAGAGGCCUGAAGAGAAGGAGCUUCUGCCCACAUCAGAGAAGCCUUUGAGAAGAGCAGACAAGGAGGGAGACUUGGAAAGUGAAUAUGUAACAUUGGCCAAGGUCUCCCAACCACCAAAGGUAUCUGAGGCCCAGCCAGACUCUACUGAAACUGGGGCCCGGGAUUGGCCUCUGCUUCAUCCAUGUGGCAACACUUCCUUGAGCAACGGAGUCGGCUUGGAUGUGCCAACAAUGCCAAGCGGGCUACUGAGGAUCUCCGAGGCUCCGUCCAGCGAUGCCAGGAUCUGUUGGGCGAACGAAGGCGGAAUGGGAAGUUCCGUGUCCGUGGAGCUUCCAGAGGAGACCCUUCCCUCGGGGCAUGAACUCGACUGGCGGUUUGCCAUGUGCCGCUUCCAGGAGGCAGAAGAGGCUGAGGGUCUGUCACUCACAGCCGGGAUCUCUCUUCGAGGCCAAGGAAGGACUGCUGAGGCGGGUGGGUCUCUGGGACCAGGCCAUGUCAGAGCAUUGGACCCCAAGGAUCAGCAGAGAGCGAGAGGAGGCAAAGUGGGUGGAAGUCCACAGAGAAGCGGGGACACUGUGGAGGAGCAUUGCGGGCGGACUCGUGAAGACCCUCAGACUGUUGUCCUAAGUUCCCAGGAGGACGACGACAACUCAAGCUUCUCGCCUACAAUGAAGCCGUUCCCACCAAAAGCCGACUUGGAUGGGACUCUGGAUCCUGCUCUCCUUGCUGUAGAGCCUCCUUGUGCAGUGAUCUGCCAGUCAGCUCCUCAUCUGAUGGAUGAGGAGAGACAGAGGGAAGCUGACCAGUUGGAGGGGCCACACAACAGGACUGGUGGGGGGGCCAAGCAAGGCCUGUCGGAGCAGCACGGCCACGGAGACCCCCCUCUUCCGCUUCCUCUUCCUUCUCUGGGCUCCAGGAGGAAGGAGCAGCACAAAGAGGAGGAUGUCCACAAGUCCGACAACCGCAGCACUCUUCCGCUUUGCCCCUCUGAACCAAUGCCACCAGAGAACGGUUGCCCCACUUUGCCAAGCACAGACUUGGUGAACUUCUCGGGCCUCCUCAGUGCGGAAGGGGCCCCGGCAUGCCCUCUGGACCGGUCCAAUCUCACCAUCGAGACCAAGGCCUUCCUACUGGACUCUUUGCAAGACCAAAAAGAGACAUUCCCUGCACCCAUUUCCCCCAAAAAAGAGCCAGGCCUGUGGUCACUUCUGGGGUCCAGCCCCCUUCCAUCGCCCUCGGCUCCACCGAUGACAGCGGAGCCUCCAAGAGCCCCCCAGGAGGACCCAGCCACAGCAGCCUGCUUGAAGAGGCCAGAGGAGGCCCACAGGCAAAGCAGACCCGUCGUUGUCUGUCCACCGGAGACACUGCCCUCCCCCCUGGAGGUCCUGGGACCACCUUGCUUCCCUUCUGGGGGGGAAGCCCUUCAGAUGGCCCCACUGUCAUCAUCGUCGCCCUCAUGGAGGGACGUGGAUUGGGAGAUGCUCCAGAGUGGCGUGGCCUACCUGCCAGGCGGCAGGGACCGGUGUGGGCGAGCAGUGGCCGUCCUCCUGACCAGGAGCGCCCUGCGGCCGGACCCCUCCAAACAGGCCAGCGGACUGGUGCGCCUCCUCCUCUACCUGCGCAGCACCCUCAGGCCUCAGCUCCAGGCUCUGGGCCUGACGGUCCUGGUCGAUGUCCGGCGAUGUCCUCCGGCCCCGGCCCUCCUCACUGCUCUGGCCGCCCUGCAGGAGGCCGUCCCUCGCUGUGUGCACGGAGUGCUCUUGCUCGCCGAGAAAGAGGCCACCUUCCGGGUGGAGAAACCGCCCUCGAUGCAGUGCGAGCUGCUGACCUCCCUGAAGGCCCUUCACAGGCACAUCGAGUCCGCACAGCUUCCCCCGGAGUUCGACGGGACCCUCCGUUACUGCCAUCAAGACUGGUUGCGCUUCCGCAUGCGCCUGGAGCAGCUGCUGCAGGGAUGCAGAGGGGCCCGCGCCUUCCUGGAGGGGGCUGUCCAAGCCGUGGGGUCCGGCGGGUGGCCAGAGAGAGCCGAGGAGGCGGAGGCGCUGCUGAAGAGGGACCGGCAGCUGAUGAAGACGGUCCUGGAGGACGCCCGCCUGGUCCGGUUGCAGCAAGAAGGGGGGGCCCUGCUAGCCCGUCUCCGGAAGGAGGACUCCUGCGUGGCUCUCGCCCAGGACUUCCCGUCGGCGCUGGACGAGGCCACUGCCCUGUACAACCAGGUGGACGAGGGCAUCCACCAGCUGGUGCUGGCCUCCAACCAGCGCAUCCGGGCCCUGGAGCUGCUCAGGGACCUGCCGGCCUUUGAGGAGGCCUUUCGGGAGGUCAGCAGCUGGAUUGAGAACGUGGGCCGGACGCGGCUGGCGGAGCUGGGGGAGCUGGGCCCUUCCUCGGAGGCCCUCCUUCGGGCACGGAGGCAGUUCCAGGACUUCGAGCUGGUGGCUGGUGAAUACAUCCAGAAGGGCUGGGAAGCCCUGCGGAAGACGGGAUGGAAGGAAUUCUCCUUGUCCGCCGGGGAGCUGCCUGCGGGAGCCGUGGCCCAGUUGCAGAGCGGCAGCCAGCACUUGCAGGGCUUCUGCCGCCAACUGGACGAUGGCAGGGACCGGCUGGAGGAGGCUGCCCGUCUCUAUGAGUUCCUGGACCAGGUGCAAUCCUGGGCUGCGGAGGGGACGCGGCUGCUGUCCGUCCUGGGCCCGGAGGAGAGCUCCAUCUGCCCCGAAGACGCCUCCACGGCCGCCGCAGCCUGGCUGGAGAGCGCCUGCAGGUUCAGCGAGGCCCGGUUCCAGGAGAUGAAGGAGGCGGCGCUGCGUCUGAAGAGCGGGGCUGCACUGCAGCGGUGGCACCGAGCGUGGGCCCAGUGCAAGGAGGCCAGGCGGGGCCUGGAGAGGAAGCUGGAGGUUGCGCUCAGCGCCACCGCCAAGCCUUUGCGGCCACACUGGGCCUGGCCACACGAGCUGGCUGCCGUGGGCCCCUCCCAGGCCUCUCCCAGCCCCAACGGUGACGUGGAGGCAGGCCCCGCGCACCCCCAGCGGAUCCUGCGCAAGGCCCAGAGCUUUGAGCUGGGCGGCACCAUGGAGGGCCUGCGCCCCAGCUGCCACCGCACCCUGAGCGAGCCGGCACCCUUCGGGCACCACCACCACGGGGUUUUCAUCCGGGGCCUGGAGGUCAGCAGCACGGAGCUGGCCAGGAGGGCCGGAGGGGCCCCGCAGGCGCUUGUGCCUCCUGCUUGGGGCCCCACAUGCGGACAGGAGCAGCGCAUGAGCAGCGGUCUCAACACGGCAGAGGAGGAGGAGGAAGAGGAGGAGGCCAAGGGAUGGAACCGGCUGAAGAACAUUGUGGACGAGAUGGUGAGGACGGAGCAGGAGUACGUGCGCUCCUUGCGCUACAUCAUGGAGAGCUACUUCCCGGAGAUGGAGCGCCCGGACCUUCCCCAGGAGCUGCGGGGGAAGCGCAGCGUGGUGUUUGGGAACCUGGAGAAGCUCCACAGCUUCCACAGCCAGUAUUUCCUGCGGGAGCUGGAGAGCUGCUGUGCCCACCCGCUGCGCGUCAGCCACUGCUUCCUGAGACACAAAGAUCAAUUUGGGAUGUAUGCGCUUUACAGCAAAAACAAGCCCAAAUCGGAUGCUCUCCUGGCCGGCCGAGGGAACGCGUUCUUCAGGUCCAAGCAGGUGCAGCUGGGGGACAAGAUGGACCUGGCUUCCUACCUGCUGAAGCCCAUCCAGCGCAUGAGCAAGUACGCCCUGUUGCUCAAGGACCUGCUCCGGCAGUGCACUGAGGGCCAAGAGCAGGAGCGGGCUGACCUGCGGGCUGCCCAGGAGAUGGUGCGCUUCCAGCUGCGGCAUGGCAACGACCUCCUGGCCAUGGACGCCAUCCGGGAGUGCGACGUGAACCUGAAGGAGCAGGGCCAGCUGGUGCGCCAGGAUGAGUUCAGCGUCUGCCUGGGCCGCAGGAAGUGCCAGCGCCACGUCUUCCUCUUUGAGGAUCUGAUCCUCUUCAGCAAGCCCAAGCGCGUGGAGGGCGGCCUGGACGUCUACGUCUACAAGCGCUCCUUCAAGACGGCAGACAUCGGCCUGACAGAGAACUCGGGCGAGAGCGGCCUGCGCUUCGAGAUCUGGUUCCGGAGGCGGAAGUCCAGCGACACCUUCGUCCUGCAGGCCGGAAGCCCAGAGACCAAGCAGGCCUGGACAAGAGACAUCACGCGGAUCCUGUGGGAACAAGCCGCCCGCAACAAAGAAAUCCGGAUACAGGAGAUGGUCUCCAUGGGGGUGGGCAACAAGCCAUUCCUGGACAUCCAGCCCAGCGAAGCCGCCAUCCAGGACCGUGCCAUCGACUACAUCAUGAAGGGUCGAGGAGCCAGGACCCGCGCCUCCAUCGCCGUCUCACUCUUUGACCACGCGGUGCCCUACCGGAGGCCCCAGGCCCCGCUCCCUUUGGGCGGCCCCUCCUUGUCCCCCUCUUCCUCCUCUUCCUCCUCAGUGCUGGGCCCCCUCAACCUGCACAUGUACCUUGACCGAGGCCAGCUGCCCCACCUCUUGGCCCACAGCCGCCCCUUCGACGCCCGGGCCCCUUGCCUGGAGGAAGACGAGACCGAGAAUGAGACCAGCAGCCAGCCUUCCAUGACUACAGAGAGCUCUAGCUCCUCCUCGCAGGGUCCUCCGUCCGCCAGCGGUUCCAGUGGCUCCGACAGCGGCUGCUGCGCCUCCACCCCCUCCCAGGAGAGCGGCCCCGAGGGCCCCACCGGGCCACUCCUCCCCCGGCCCAUGCCUCCGGACCAGGCCCCCCGCCUCAAGAGCCAGUAUGUCUCCGCGGUAAGUGCUCAAAAGAGACCCUGGCGCAGCCCUCCUUUUGGGGUACAAGGCAAGUCGCUGUUGAGGUUGGGUGAGUAGUAUCUUUUCCAUUCCAAUCUAGAUACUUUUCAUCCUUCUUGGUUGCCUCUCUAAGAUCCCUGCUGUGCUUUGUUUUGUCUAGCAGAGACUGGCAGAGUGAGCUUUAGAGCAGGCCUGGGCCAACUUUGACCCUCCAAGUGUUUUGGACUUCAACAGCCUACUGCCUGUUAGGAGUGGUGGGAGUUGCAGUCCAAAACACCUGAGGAACCUCUUCUCAAAACCUCCAAUUCCCCCUCUAUCUCCUAUCUCAAUCUUCCUUUUUUUAACUUUCUACAAACUUCAUUCUUCUGAACCACACACAUACCAUUUCUCCUUUGUGGUCAACUGUGAAAUUCGCACAUAUGGUAUUUCCUGCGCCUGUGCAGGCAGCUUCGGAAUCUUCUAGAAAUCUUUUUUGACACUUUUUGGCAGUAGCCCCGCCCACUCUCCCCAUAGAGUAUAUAUAGCCAGUGCCUCAGUUCUUCUAAUCCGCCGCUAUUGCAGUAGCAGCUGAGGAAUCUUUGUUCUGACUAGCUUUCUCUACCGGACUGCCUUUACUGUGUUUGACUCGGAUUGUUUGAUCUACGGGACUCCUGACCCCAUAGAUGACCCUUGUCUUGCAGGUCUGAAUGUCUUCAGCCUCUCAGAGGCAUCUGGAGGAGCAGCCACCCACUGCCCGCUUGACCAGCCCCUCCCGUUGACCGUUGGGUACAGAGGGGCCCAUGCCUCCCGGGCCAGACUCGUGCCCUUUGUGAGGGGCACUGGUUGGAAGGUGGGGGCAGAGACCACUCUCCAAAGAAGCGCAAAUGGUCUCCCUUUGUUGUUGUUCUCAUUCCAGAAGUUGCACAUGUUUGAAGUGUCCUAAACACAGAAGGAAGUAUUUAUUUUCAUGGUGCAGAGUCCCCGUUGUGUUCUCUGUCCGCUGAACCUUGUUCUCCAGGCCAGUUCUCUUUGUUUUGCCUUCGCCUGAUGUUUGAGGGGGUAAUAAUGUAUUUCCUUGUCCUUCCAAUUACGACUCCCUUCGUUAGCGGAUUCCUCAGCGCCAGGGUGACCCACUUGCCUUGGCGCUUUCCCUGCAAAUGGCAAACCCUGCAGCCGUUGCCAUUUUGCUUUGGCUGCGCUCCUCUCCUCAGGUUUCGUAACCAAAUGCCCAUUUGCCCCUAAGCCCCGCCACUGCGAAUACGGGCCCUUGUUUUGUACAUUUAUUUAAUACGCUGGAUUUUUUCCUCCCGGCGGCCUUGUCUCUCUUGUAAGAAUUUAAUACUAUAAAGCUCUACAAUGCGGAUUUAUGGGCAUGAAUGACUUUGGGGGGCCCUUUGCUCUAACUCAAGGGAUUCCUGGAAACGGAAAGGCAACGAGCGUCUUACAUGAAAUCCCUCAGGGGAGACUGUUGUUGUUUACUUAUUGCGUCUCCAAUGCCGACGCCGUUUUUAAAAGUUUGACUUAAUAAAAGAGGUUUCUUCUAA